UCCAUAUAGCGUAGUUCAAGGCUUUCUGGUGCGUUCUUGGACAAUAAAGGCAAAGGUGUGUGAAGUAGGAACUCGGCUUCAAAUUAAAAAAUAUGAGGGGACAAAAUGAAACUCAUUCUAUCUUAAGACAGUAAUAAAUUUACAUAAUUGGAAAGAACGAAGGCUAACAGUGGGAUUAUUUUGUACGGCAAAGAGCUUUCCUUCUGUGUAACCCAGUCAACUCCAACUCUUCUGUCUCAUCGUAAACAAUAUAAUUGAACAAGCACAGUUAAUUAACCGCUAGACACGAUGGCGUUUACGAUGCAUUCUCAUUCCGGGCAGUUUUGCCCGGGGCACGCGAAAGAUCAGCUGGAAGAGGUGGUCCAGCGAGCUAUAACGCUGGGGAUGCGCCUUAUAUCAAUUACCGAGCAUAUGCCUCGCACUCAUGAGCAAGAUUUAUACCCCGAAGAAGUUGAAGCUGGGCACACUUCAAAGAUGCUCCUUCCAAGGCACGAGGAAUUUCUUGAGGAGGGUAUUCGUCUGCGAGAAAAGUACGAGGGACAGAUCCAAAUCCUUAUUGGCUUUGAGGGGGAAUGGAUACGCCCAACGUAUGGACCCGUUAUCAGAGGUCUUGCCAAGGACAGUAAAGUAGAUUUCUUCAUCGGCUCUGUGCAUCAUGUCCACGGGAUUCCUAUCGACUACGACAGGAACAUCUAUUUGAACGCACGGCAAAUGGCGAAUGAUAGUGAGGAAAAGCUCUUUGAAGACUACUUUGAUGCCAUGUAUGCUAUGCUCCAAGAUGUGCGACCACGGGUUAUUGCGCACUUCGAUUUGAUCCGGUUGUUCAGCGACCUGCCAAACCAGGACCUGAAGACUUGGGAUGGUGUAUGGGCGAAGGCCGUGCGAUGUCUGAAGAUGAUUGUCGAUCAAGGUGGUUUGCUGGAGGUCAACAGCAGUGCUCUCCGCAAAGGUUUGCUCGAGCCGUAUCCAAGUCGGAGUAUUUGCGAGGAAUUUUUGAGCCUCGGUGGCAAGUUCACCUUGUCUGAUGAUAGCCACUCUGUUGCUCAAGUGGGGCUAAACUAUGUACCGGUACAAAAAUACCUUCAGGAGAUAGGCGUCGAGACUCUGUGGUAUCUUGAAAGACUCUCGGAGGAGGUGGCGAAAACAUGCGUUGCCGGGUCACUUCGUCUUAAGACUGUGGCGUUAAGUGAACUUGACAUGAAGGAUUUUCCAUACACAGUCAAUGUUUGAGAUAAAAGGAUGACGGGCUUACUGUAUAACUAAAAAAACGCCCGCUUUAAAAAAAAUAUAUGAUAUCCCCAUUUG